UUCCGCUCCCGCCCCGCAUUGCUCCCAGGCGGCUGCACCGGCUCGGAGGAGUUGGAGGAGAAGCUCCGCCGCUGGGUGAGUUCCCGGCCACGCUGCUGCCUAGAGGACCCAGCCGGAGAACCGCUGUGGCGGGUUUGCACCGGGCUGAAGUGCGUUGGCGUUCGCGGGCUGCGCUCGGACAAAACCUGGAGGAAGACCUGUGGGAGGCAAUGUUUGCGUAACUCCAAGAAGACCAGACGAGGAGAAUGUCAGCCCUCAACUGGAAGCCCUUUGUGUAUGGAGGGCUGGCCUCCAUCACAGCCGAAUGCGGCACGUUUCCAAUUGAUUUAACCAAGACCCGGCUCCAGAUCCAAGGCCAGACAAACGAUGCCAACUUCCGAGAAAUCAGAUAUCGCGGGAUGUUGCACGCGCUGAUGAGGAUAGGUCGAGAAGAAGGGUUGAGGGCGCUGUAUUCUGGGAUUGCCCCUGCGAUGCUGCGCCAGGCUUCCUACGGCACCAUCAAGAUUGGCACUUACCAGAGCUUGAAGCGAUUAGCUGUGGAACGCCCAGAAGAUGAAACCCUGCUGGUCAAUGUUGUGUGUGGAAUUCUGUCUGGAGUCAUAUCCUCAGCUAUUGCUAAUCCAACUGACGUUUUGAAAAUCCGAAUGCAAGCCCAGAACAGCGCUGUUCAAGGAGGAAUGAUAGGCAACUUCAUUAACAUCUACCAGCAGGAAGGGACCAGAGGACUGUGGAAGGGCGUGUCCCUCACAGCUCAGAGGGCUGCCAUUGUUGUUGGUGUGGAGCUUCCAGUCUAUGACAUCACCAAGAAGCACCUGAUACUCUCAGGCCUGAUGGGAGACACCGUCUCUACGCAUUUUCUGUCAAGCUUCACCUGUGGCCUGGUGGGGGCUCUGGCCUCCAACCCUGUUGAUGUUGUGAGGACACGCAUGAUGAAUCAGAGGGUCCUCCGCGAUGGCGGGUGCUCUGGCUACAAAGGUACCGUGGAUUGCCUAUUGCAGACAUGGAAGAAUGAAGGUUUUUUUGCUCUAUAUAAAGGUUUUUGGCCAAAUUGGUUGCGCCUUGGUCCUUGGAAUAUCAUUUUCUUCUUGACAUAUGAGCAGCUGAAGAAACUGGACUUGUGACCAGUCUGUGCUACGUGAAACAUUCUUCUGAAACGCCGGCAUCCGCGAUGGUAGAACCUCCUGUGCCUCUGGCUGCUUCUCACCGCACAGCUCAUCACGGCUUCUAGGUUGAGGGAGCAGUAGGACGGUGAAGACCGGGUCUUCAGAUUGUCAUGCGUUGGCACCGGGCGCUGUUUCGUCCGUGUUCAGAGACUAAACCGUAACAUGUCCUCGCGUGUAAUGGUUUUUACCGUGGAAGUGCCCUUUGACAUCCGAGAUAAUGUACAGAAUACAUGUUUCUUGCUGUAGAAAACUUGCAGGGAAAUCAGGACCGAGUGCAGCUCUCCUCUGGGAGAGCCGCCUUGCUGCCUCUGGACUUCAGCUGUGAUGGAGACCCAGGAGGGUGGUGUGAACGCUCUGGAGUGAAUGAGUGCCUCCCCCCCCCACACACACCUUGGCUAGUAUUAUUCCUUGACCGUUGAGAGCUUUAGUUUCCCGUCAGCUGAAGAGAUUUGACAUUUGGACUUUUAAGGUCUAGACCUGUGCGGUGCACUGACCUUGUCAGUGCAGGAUGUAAAUUUUUAGAACAUCCACUGCUUUAUAGUUUCUGAUCGGGCAGAAUCCUUCUCUUACAGUAAGUGAAGUUAAGCCUUCGAAGGCUCGACCUUUGUGAGGUAACGUUAGCCAUUUGCCCUGUGAUUUUUUAGCAAAGUUUAUUUUUUCCAUGUUGAUCACAUGGGGCUAAUCAUGCUUAGUGAAGUCGGUGUCAGAUGAAGGGAAAACUACUGAGGCUGCCACAUGAAAUGGGAGUGUGUUUACGUAAACAGUUGCGGUCCCAUGGGGUUCUCCUGACCGAAGGCCUUGUUGCAGGUGGUUUUUAGUUGCUAAUGAUCGGAAGAGGGGUGCCUCCAGGCUUCUAGCCUUUCCUUUAGCUCAGGGUGGGUUUGUUUCAAAGCCUUUAUCCGAGAUUUCCUAGUUAAUUUCCUUGAAAUUGAAAAAAAAAAGACUUAUUUUCUUUCUUCCCCUUUAAUUUUUGUGAUGUUGGGAAUCAAACCUUGUGCAUUCUGGGUAUCUGCUGCACACUGAGCCCUGCCCCAACCCAAACUGAUGACUUUAGCGCCUUUGUUUAUCUCCUUUCCGAUAACAGGUAUAUAGCGCCCGGCUACCUAUUUUUUUUAUUUCUUCUGAGACUGAUAAAAACCUCUUAUACUUUUCAAAGCAGGAGAUGUCUCUAAGAGCCAAGAGCUGUCUAUUUCUAGAAGGGAGCCCAGUCCCUUCAGGUGUACCCUGUGGAAGUCUCAGUGCUAACUGGGACACCAAGCCGGGCCGAUGCCAGGUGUGUUCCUCACCUCUCCCUUAGGACCACGAGGCAGAAGCGUGCAGGAUUUCCUUCCCCUGAUGGCUGAGUGCUUUUUUUCUCUCGUACAUUUUCACAUUGGCUUCUUUAUUAAUGUUUCCUUUGGAAAACAGCUAGCGAAGCUGGGUUUGAUUUCUAAAAGUAAAAGCUAAGACGAAAUCGUCUCAGAGAGCAGAUGGCUUAAAGAUGAAGAAAGUUCACAACUCCCCAGCACGCCACUAGAUGGCAGUGGAGGACCCACGCUGCUGCUGGCCUGGCUCCUCCGCGGUGUAGUAGAGCUGUUUCCCUUCUGACCUGAACAUUCCCAUAAGUGAUAGACUCCACAGAGGCUUUGAGUUGAAAGGGCUGCAUUUUUCUCAAACCACUUUUUUUGUUUGUUUAUUUUUGUUUUUUCGAAACAGGUAGCCCUAGCUGUCCUGGAACUCUGCCUCUGUCUUCUAAGUGCUGGAAUUAAAGGCGUGUACCACCACCGACUGGCGGAAAAAGCAAAAAAAAAAAAAAAAAAAAAAGUAGUAACAGGUCCAUUUUGAAGAUCAUGUAAAGAGUAAAUGUCAGAUAGCAUUAUCAAUUUAUUCAAAUUAUGUAUGUGUCUGUACCUGGAUGAAAAGGAACUUAAGCUUCACUGUAAACUUCAGCAUGUUUUCAGGCAGGAUUGCAGUAUUUUAAGACAAGGGGGUUGUCAACUUACUAAAUUAAGUGCCUUAUAUGACAGUGUCUUCACCUGCUUUUCCUAUCCCCUGGAGUUCACACAGUCGUUGAUGCCCCUAACCCAGAGACAACUUAAAGCACUUGGUGAUGUGGAUGUGGCCGUAACACUUCUGCUUGGCAUUUUGCUUAUGUAUGGUGAAAACUAUUUCGAGUUUUUGUAACUAAGUUGAAGGAAAUUGUGUUAUUGAUGCUGUGAUCUGGAAUGUGAAAACGGUUCCCGUUCUCUGUAUUUAUUCAUGUGCUGUAAAUAGUAAGUGUUAUGUAAAGAAUAUACAUUUCCCACAAGCUUUUCUAUUUCAAGCUCUUUAUACAUGGUUGGAUUGUGUGGCAUAAACCUUGUUUCAUUAUUUAAUAAACUGAAAUAAUAUAUAACGA